GGGGGGUUGACCUUAAGAGUAAAGGUCAGAAGACAUUUAAAGCUCCAGUUCGUGUUGAUCUGCUUCCACUCAGAUUUAAAUCAUCUUGAUCUUCAUUGUGGCUCAAAUCUGCAGUAAUCAGAUUACUUGAGUACUUCCUCGUUCUGGCGUCACCUUUGUUGUGAACUCGCCUUUCUUGUGCAGCCGUCGGUGUCCCGACAGACACCCGACACCCCGUCUCUAAAUACCCCCUCACCCUCACAAAUAGCCCCCCAGCUCUGAGGAGGAAACCGUCGCUCUGCAGUAUCAGACCAUCGUCCACCGGCGCCGCACGCAGCAGAAAGGAGUCGGACCGCAGCAUGUCGGACCAGUCCCAGUUUGACACGGACGUGUGGACCCUGACCCGGUUCAUCAUCGAGACGGGCCGGCAGGCCAAGGGGGCCACCGGGGAGCUGACCCAGCUGAUCACCGCCAUGCUGACGGCCGUCAAAGCCAUCUCCUCUGCUGUACGCAAAGCCGGCCUGGCCCACCUGCAGGGCAUGGCGGGGGCGGUGAACGUGACGGGGGACGACGUGAAGAAGCUGGACGUCCUGUCCAACGACCUGGUCAUCAACAUGCUGCAGGCGUCCUACAGCACCUGCUGCAUGGUGUCCGAGGAGAACAAGGAGAUCAUCGUCACCCCCAAAGACAAGCGGGGGAAGUACGUGGUCUGCUUCGACCCUCUGGACGGCUCCAGUAACAUCGACUGUUUGGCCUCAAUCGGAACCAUAUUCGCCAUCUACAAACGGGUUUCAGACGGGGAACCCACGGAGAAGGACGCUCUGCAGCCGGGGAACAACAUGGUGUGUGCGGGUUACGCCCUCUACGGCAGCGCCACCCUGGUGGCCCUCAGCACCGGAGCCGGCCUCAACUUCUUCAUGCUGGACCCUGCGAUCGGCGAGUUCAUCCUCAUCGAGAGGAACGUGAAGAUCAAGCCGAAGGGAAAGAUCUACAGUCUGAAUGAGGGCUACGCCAAGUUCUUCCAUCCCUCCAUCAACGAGUACCUCAGACACAAGAAGAACCCGGAGGACGGCAGCGCCCCGUACGGCGCCCGUUAUGUGGGCUCCAUGGUGUCCGAUGUUCACCGCACCAUCGCCUACGGCGGGAUCUUCAUGUAUCCGGCCAAUGAGAAGAGUCCCAAAGGAAAGCUGCGGCUCCUGUACGAGUGCAACCCCAUCGCGUUCCUCAUCGAGCAGGCGGGCGGCCUCGCCACCACCGGGACGCAGAGGAUCCUGGACGUCCAGCCGGAGACCAUCCACCAGCGCGUGCCCUUCGUGGUCGGCUCACCUGACGACGUCAACGAGUACCUGUCCUUCGUCCAGAAGUUCUCCUGAAACUCCGCCCCCUCCAGUCUGAGACGCCGAUGUUUACUGGAAAAACGUUUGUAUUUUUUUGGCUCUUCGGGACUAAAUCUGGAAAUGAAAAUCCCAAAGUUUGUAAAGUUUUUAAAAUGUAAACAUUUUGAAGAUUUUUUGUCAGUUUGUACGUGAACGUGUCGACAAUAAAUAACAAACAUAAAA